GGGGAGAGAUAGCCUACUUUUUUGAUCUGUUUAAAAGGCGACACAACGAAUCCUCUCCUAGUUUAAUCCUGAUACAACUCCCGACUUACUACCUAUCAUCAUGAAGGUCGCUCUCGUCCUCGGUUUUCUUGUACUCGUUGCGGCUGUGAGUGCUGAACAUGAAGCAUGUAAGGCCAACCCUGACUGUACUACUGACUGCCCACAACCUGGCCACAUACACAUUUGUCUCAAUGGCAACUGCCACUGCCACUCUAAACAUCUCUGCACAAGUAACAGCCAAUGUCAUUGUGUCGGCGAUUUCACAGUAAAUUGUGAACACAGCCACUGUCAUUGUGUAUAGAGUAUAUAAGAAGAAGAUGAUAUUCUUCUGAUGAUUGAAAUAAAAAAUCAUUCGUCUUCAAUCCUGCUCUGUUCUCUCUGUUAUCAACGAUCCUGGUGAAGAAUUAUAUAGACUUAUAAGUAUGCUACCGUAUUCAAUGGUAUUUGUUUUGCAAUAAAAUGUUGAUAUGAAAAGAAACUUAUU